UGGCUGCUCUUGCCUGGGAGUCAUGGCUCUUGUAUUUGCCAUCAAGGCCUCAAGCCCCACUUGACAACAAGCUCCGCCUUCCGCGGCAGAUCCCACGCGCUGAUUGGUUGGACUUGAAGCCCGCCCUAGCGUCGCGGCUUUAGGUAACUUUGAACCCCAACGCUGGCUCCUGCCCCUGGGACUCACGGCUCUCUAUUGGACUACCAGUUUCCAAUCGAAAGAGCUACUGAACCGCAGGCUUCGGCUGGCGCUGGCCAUUGGCGAACAGGAUAGAGGUGGAGUUAGGUCGUAGCCGGCGCCGCCGGGGGGUAAGGUAAGGGACUAAACGGGGAACUCCAGGACAGAGCGACCUCGCGUGGACCCUGGCCUCACUGCCUGCCCCCGUAGGCCCCCAACUCCUUCAGAAUGACGCUGGACGUGGGGCCGGAGGAUGAGCUGCCCGACUGGGCCGCGGCCAAGGAGUUUUACCAGAAGUACGACCCUAAGGACGUCAUUGGCAGAGGAGUGAGCUCUGUGGUCCGUCGUUGUGUUCAUCGAGCUACGGGCCAGGAGUUUGCAGUGAAGAUCAUGGAGGUGACAGCUGAGCGGCUGAGUCCUGAGCAGCUGGAGGAGGUGCGAGAAGCCACACGGCGAGAGACACACAUCCUUCGCCAGGUCGCUGGCCACCCCCACAUCAUCACUCUCAUCGAUUCCUACGAGUCUUCUAGCUUCAUGUUCCUGGUGUUUGACCUGAUGCGGAAGGGAGAGCUGUUUGACUAUCUGACAGAGAAGGUGGCCCUCUCAGAAAAGGAAACCAGGUCCAUUAUGAGGUCUCUGCUGGAAGCUGUGAGCUUUCUCCAUGCCAACAACAUUGUGCACCGAGACUUGAAGCCUGAGAAUAUUCUCCUAGAUGACAGUAUGCAGAUCCGACUUUCAGAUUUUGGGUUCUCCUGCCACUUGGAACCUGGCGAGAAGCUUCGAGAGUUGUGUGGGACCCCAGGGUAUCUGGCACCAGAGAUCCUUAAAUGCUCGAUGGAUGAAACCCACCCAGGCUAUGGCAAGGAGGUCGACCUCUGGGCCUGUGGGGUGAUCUUGUUCACACUCCUGGCUGGCUCACCACCCUUCUGGCACCGGCGCCAGAUCCUGAUGUUACGUAUGAUCAUGGAGGGCCAGUACCAGUUUAGUUCACCCGAGUGGGACGACCGUUCAAACACUGUCAAAGACCUGAUCUCCAGGCUGCUGCAGGUUGAUCCUGAGGAACGCCUGACAGCUGAACAGGCCUUACAGCAUCCCUUCUUUGAGCGUUGUGAAGGCAGCCAACCCUGGAACCUAACCCCCCGCCAGCGGUUCCGGGUUGCAGUGUGGACAGUGCUGGCUGCUGGACGAGUGGCCUUAAGCACCCAUCGUGUACGUCCACUGACCAAGAGUGCACUGUUGAGGGAUCCUUACGCACUGCGGUCAGUGCGACGCCUCAUCGACAACUGUGCCUUCCGGCUCUAUGGACACUGGGUGAAGAAAGGCGAGCAGCAGAACCGAGCAGCCCUCUUUCAGCACCGGCCCCCUGGGCCUUUUCCCAUAAUGGGCCCUGAAGAAGAGGGGGACUCAACUACUGUACCUGAGGACGAAGCUGCAGUGGUGCUGGGCUAGAACCCCAGCCCCUGGGGAAUCCCAAAAAGCAGGACUCUUCAGAAGGAUUUUGAUCAUUCCAGCCUCUCUGGACUCCGGCCUUAGGUGCCUCUGCCUGCCCAGGCCUACCACUGAUCAUGCUACUAUUAUACAGACCAGCCCUCUACUCCUCCCCAUGGUGGCUAGGGCUUUGAGGUCAGAACUGGGGUGGAAGGGAGCCACUCCAAAUGCCAUGCCUGGUCCUGUCAGUGCUAUCUGUGCUGCAUAUGAAAUAAAUCUGCACACCAG